GCCGCUGUUUCCCGGCCUGAUCCCGCCCCCAGCACCCCACCAUGGCUCCCAAGGCUGAGAAGGCUCCCGCCAAGAAGACGGCCAAGAAGGUGGCCGAGAAGCGCAGCCGCGCCGCUCGCAAGCAGAUCUCCAAGGCCGAGACCUACAAGAUCUACAUCUACAAGGUGCUGAAGCAGGUGCACCCUGACACGGGUAUCAGCUCCAAGGCCAUGUCCAUCAUGAACUCCUUCAUCAACGAUAUCUUUGACAAGAUCGCGGUGGAAACCGGCAACCUGGCGCGCUACAACAAGAAGCCCACCGUCACCUCCCGCGAGAUCCAGACCGCCGUGCGCCUGAUCCUGCCCGGCGAGCUCAGCAAGCACGCGGUUUCUGAGGGCACCAAGGCGGUGACCAAGUUCACUUCUGGUUAAACGCGUGGCAGUUUGGCGCAGCUGCAAGAGCUGUGCCCCUAGCCCAGUUUGUACGCUAUGUGACCGAUCGCGCGGGUGGCUGGCGCGGCUCUGGCCAAUGACCGGGCUUGAUAUGCCCCGCCGAUCUUUCCCUUUGACUCCUUGACUGACCCUCCCACCCAUGGGCAGCUACACACACUGUCUCCUUUCUUCAGCAAAAAGACCGCAAUGAAUCACUUUGUUGUGCACUCAAGCAGCCAGCCCCACCUGUUAGGCAGCACCCCAGCGGCAGCCCGUGGCAUACAGCUGUUUGACUGGGCCCACAUCAUGCCAUUUCCAUUACUCUAUGAGGCUAGAAAGGUUGUGUAACCGGCGGAAACAG